GCGAGUCAUCUCCGAUGCAUCCUCGGAGAAAGAAAUGGGCGCAUUAAGUCACAUCCGGGCAUUUUUACCGUGCUUGGCAGAGAAGCAGCCGUUGGAAUUAUAACGUGUACUCGGGCGCGCGCUGAUGACGUUUCACGAAUCCACAAGUACAGACAAGGCAUAUUGACUAACGGCCACGCUCCGGAGCCUCGACACAUCUCUAAACUGCUCAGUCCGCCCAGCAUUCCGCAACCAUGGCUGCCACGGACGUUGACGUGUUUUCGAACGAAGAGAAGCGAAACCUCAAUCUGGGCGGACAUGUUGGAUUCGACAGCCUCCCCGACCAGCUGGUCAGUAAAUCUGUCACGCGGGGAUUCUGCUUCAACAUCCUCUGUGUGGGGGAGACGGGCAUCGGCAAGUCCACGCUGAUGAACACGCUCUUCAACACCACGUUUGAGAACGAGGAGGCGAGCCACUACCAGGACGGCGUCUACCUGCGGCCGCGCACCUACGACCUGCAGGAGAGCAACGUCCACCUCAAGCUGACCAUCGUCGACUCCGUCGGCUUCGGGGAUCAGAUCAACAAAGAGGACAGCUUCAAGCCCAUCGUCGACUACAUCGACACCGAGUUUGAGAACUUCCUCCAGGAGGAGCUGAAGAUCAAACGCUCGCUGUUCAACCACCACGACACGCGCAUCCACGUCUGCCUCUACUUCAUCGCCCCCACAGGCCACGCCCUCAAGGCCCUGGACCUCGUCACCAUGAAGAAGCUGGACAGCAAGGUGAACAUCAUUCCCAUUAUUGCCAAAGCGGACACGAUCUCAAAGAGCGAGCUCCAGAAAUUCAAGAUCAAGAUCAUGAGUGAGUUGGUGAGCAACGGCGUGCAGAUAUACCAGUUCCCCACGGGCGACGACGCCAUCAGCGAGAUCAACGCCUCCAUGAACGCCCACCUGCCCUUUGCUGUGGUGGGGAGCGUGGAGGAGGUCAAAGUGGGGAACAAGACCGUGAGGGCCAGACAGUACCCCUGGGGCAUCGUGCAAGUCGAGAACGAGAGCCACUGCGACUUCGUGAAACUCCGGGAGAUGCUGAUCCGGGUCAACAUGGAGGACCUCAGGGAGCAGACCCACACCCGCCACUACGAGCUGUACCGGCGCUGCAAGCUGGAGGAGAUGGGCUUCAUGGACACGGACCCCGACAGCCAGCCCUUCAGCCUGCAGGAGACGUACGAGGCCAAGAGGAAGGAGUUCCUGGCCGACCUUCAGCACAAUGAGGAGCAGAUGAGGCAAAUGUUUGUGAAUAAAGUGAAAGAGACGGAGGCGGAGCUAAAGGAGAAGGAGAGACAGCUGCAUAACAAGUUCGAGCAGCUGAAGCGGAUGCACCAGGAGGAGAAGAGGAAGGUGGAGGAGAAGCGGCGGGACGUGGAGGAGGAGAUGAACGCCUUCAACAGGAGGAAGGUGGCGGUGGAGACGCUCUCCUUGUCUCAGCCCCUCAAGAAGGACAAGGACCGCAAAAAUUAAUUUAUCGAUGCUGUAUUCCCCCCCACACACGACCAUGGAGUUGUCCUCCAUCACCACGACAACACCCGUUCUGUUUGUGUCUUUGUUUUGACAUUCCAUCUUGACUUUGUGCACAUGGACCAAAGACACUGAGGAGGAGGAGGAGGAGGAGGAAGAGGAAGAGGAGGAUGAUGAUGAAGCCACAGGGGAGAAAGAGUGAAAGAUGGUGAGCGACUGAGGAAAAAAAAGUUAACAGUGGCCAUCUCAUUCAUUCAGGAUCUUUCAUUAUAUGCUUUAUAUAUAUAUGUAUCUAAUAUUAUAAUAAUAUGUAUCUAAUCUUAUAUAUAUAAUAUGAUGUAUAUAUAAUAUUAUACUAAUAAUAUCGUAUUAUUUAGAAUAUUAUAUAUAAUGUUAUAUAAUAUUAUAAUAAUAUUUAUGAUAUAUAUAUAUACUAAUAUAAUAUUAUUUAGAAUAUUAUAUAUAUAUAUAAUGUUAUAUUAUUAAGAAUAUUAUAUAUAUAUAAAAUGCAUUUUGUUUUUCUAUGUUGUCACUCAAAGAUUUUGUGUUGUGUUUUUUCCAUCGACUAUUCACACAAAUGAAGGUCCAGCCUUUCGGGACCGACACGCGUCAUUUCAAACCCUUGAAUGUGUUUAAAGAAUUUAGGGUGUGCUUGAUUUUAUUUAAACGACUAAUUGAAGAUAUCGAUAUAAUCAAACCUUUUCUAAAGUCUUUUUAAAUACCCGUUUUUAAAUGUUGUCCAGGUGCGACGCGCCUGUUUCUGUAACAUUACAGUUUAGAUUAAAUACAUUUCACGGGAGAAUAAAUCCUGAAUAAUACAUUUAAAUAACAUUUAUACAAUACAAGCGCGUACCUGUUAGACGACGACACACACACACACACACACACACACAGGUACUGACGACCCAACGCUCACUCCUAACCCGCAAUGCAAGUCUAUGCAAUGUUCUGGUGCUGUUUCAUAUGGACUCCAUGUAUGUGAAUAUUUUCUAGAGCUUAAUAUGCAAAAAAAAAGUACUAGUUUUUUAACAUGAUAUUAAUGUAAGAAGCACAUAUGACGGUCGACACGGUCCUCGAGUCACUUUAUAGAAAACCACGAGCGACGGUGGACGAGAAGCCAGUAUGCACACGCACACACACACACACACACACACACAGAGGAUUCAGGAGAACACACACGCCUCAGCUCGCUGUAGAAGAGAGAGAGAGGGAGGGUUAAUGUCUGUCUGGAAUAAAUGCAAAACCCUCCGA